GGGGGAGGAUAAGAAGGUGAUGAAGAAGAAAUUGGAACUUCUCGAGCACCCCUUUUCCUCUCACCUUCUUCGUGAGCAGAGCGAAACCCCAUUCCUUCACUCCAUGGGAGACACGGACAGGCAGACAGCGACCCUUCAAAAUCGACUGAUUUCAAAAUCUUUUUCUCCCACUCCUAGUCCGACUACACUGAAAUUGAAAUCAUUCAAUAUCAUUCAAUUCCAGAUCUCUGCUUGAAUGAAAUUCUCGUAUUUUGUUGCAUUUGCUUUUGCUGUCGCCUCUGUUUUCUCGGACAUUUACUUCGAAGAAUUCAAAGCCCAUGGGGUUUCAGAGUCCACUGCAUGCCGUCACCUCCCCACACCUAAACGCGUCUCGAAAGCUUCUCGUUACCUUCUUCCCAACCUCUCUCUCUCUCUCUCUCUCUCUCUCUCUGCCGGGUUUUGUUUAAUUCUCUUUAUCAUUCUUCCACACUGUUUCUUGAUCAGGCGAACUACGCUUUAUCAGUUCCUUUCCACCAUUACGCGGUUGGUGUUUGGAAAAUUGGAAUGAAUGUUGGGGUUUAAGGGCUUCAAAUUUUUUAACCCAAUUUAUCAACAAAUCCUGCACAGUGAUGACCGACCUUUUGUUUUGGCGAUUCCGAUAAAAUGAUAUUGUUCCAUGUAUCUUCGUCCGUGGAUGCAUCUUCUUCCUUCUUAAGAUUGGAAGUUGAGCACGUUGGUUGCUACGUGCCCGGGGCUAGGGUUUUUGCUGUUUCCAUUGUUGUCUAUUUUCGGCGGGAGGGCUUACAGACGUGGUAUGUCAGGAAUUUCAGUGAAUGAAAUUCUGUCCAAGUUGGAACCGUUGAUCCGAAAUGCGGUGAGGGAGGAGGUGGAACAUGCAAUUGAACCCUAUCUUCAGUCAUCUCGAAGAUCAUCAACCCCUCAGAUUGAGUCAUUUGGCUAUAGAGGCUGGCAGCUGCAUUUCCUUAAUAAACUGCCCACUACCCUUUUCACGGGCAACAGGGUGGAAGCCGAGGAUGGUGCACCCCUUAAAGUAGUUAUAGUUGAUGCCAGCUCCAAGAAUAUUAUAACUUCUGGUCCACUAUCCUCGAUAAAGAUUGAAAUUCUAGCACUUAAUGGCGAUUUUGAACGAGAAGAGUGGACUGAACAGAAAUUCAACACAAGUAUUGUACAGGAAAGAGAGGGUAAAAGGCCAUUAGUGACUGGGGAUCGGACCAUUACACUGAGAGAUGGAAUUGGUUAUCUCAGUGACAUUACUUUCACUGAUAAUUCAAGCUGGAUAAGAAGUCGAAAAUUCAGGCUGGGAGCUAGAAGCAUGCAAAGUGAAUUUAAAGUUAGAGAGGCAAUAAGUGAAGCUUUUAUUGUGAAGGAUCAUCGCGGGGAGUUGUAUAAAAAGCAUCACCCUCCAUCCUUGGUUGAUGAAGUCUGGCGUUUGGAAAAAAUAGCAAAAGAUGGUGCAUCCCACAAGCGGUUGGCUUCCUACAAUAUCAACACUGUAAAAGACUUUCUGCAGUUGUAUUAUACCAAUGAAUCCUCACUGCGCCAUAUGCUUGGUGGGGCUACUGCAACCAAGAUAUGGGACACAAUUAUAGGACAUGCAAAAGCUUGUCCCAUAAAUGAUGGCAAGUUUUAUGUGCAUAAUAAAGGUUCCCAAGGGGUUGGGCUUAUCUUCAAUUCUGUCUACAAAGUUGUGGGGGCAAUCUUCAAUGGAACCUGGCGGUCAUUGGACAAACUUAAUUCUGUUGAGAAGGAUACAGUGAACACUUUGAAGCAGCAUGCUUAUAAAAAUUUGAAUGACUUAGUCCUGAUUGACGACCCAUCUGUUUUUAGCCCUUCAAGACCCUUGCGGAGUCUGCAAGCUAAUCCAUUUCUUAGCAGUCUAACUCUUGGCCCACGCUUACCUGAUUUCCCAGAUGCAACCCUAGGUCAACCCGAAGCCCUGCUGGAUUUCAACCCUUCAUUGUCAUACCAAGUCGAAGAUCGCAAUCAAGUGCUUGCUCCGACCCUAGGAAACAGCAUUGUGAUGGAGGAUUAUUUCUCUGGACCCUAUAAUGGCGGAAACAUUUGGGCUGCAAGCGGACUUCCUGGACAAGUUACACCAACCAAUAAAUUAGCUGUAAAUGAUAUUUCUCAAGUUCAAGCAUCAAUAUGGUCUCCCCUUCCUGCAACAUGGGGUCCGGGAAAUACUCCAUUCCUGGCAUCAAGCAACGGAGCAUAAAUCAGGAUUAUUUCUUCUCUCCCGGGGUUUGGUGUCCAUUUUUCAAGAAGCAGAUCAGGAACACCCAAAGCAAGGUGGUGUAAGAUCCAGGCAGCUGUUAUGUGGAUGAUAUCAGUCAGGCAGAACGUGGCUGCCAGAAGAAGGCAAGGUUUUGGAUUCUGGUAGUGUAGUUUCAACUCCUAGUAUUGAAGAAAUCAGCUCUACGUCUAGGAGGUAAGCCCCCUGAAUGUGGCAGCUUAGCUUAAUGUGUGUAUAUUUUUUCUCCUGUCUACAUCAACAAAACUUUAUUGGUGCAACUAUGGAUGUUAAAAGCAGUAGCGUCUAUACCCUGGAAAUCAACCCCUUUCAGUUAUGCAAUGGCGUCAAAGCACCCCUCAAAAGAAUUUUGGAAGUAGGCUUCUCUGAAAUGUGUUGGUUUUGAUCUGUAAACUUUGUUUCUUGUAAUCUCCUUCUUUCUUCCACUCGUUCGUAUUAGACUAUGUGCUCCUAUACACAGCUCAGCUACAGCAGAAUAGAUUGUAACCAAAAUAUAUUCUUUUCUGUUAAUUGUAACCAUUUUAUAUUCCUUGAUUCCUCAUGUAAAGUCUACAUAUAGACACAGCAUUCAUAAAUAAAAAUACGGAGAAUACAUAGCAAUUUUCCAUUUCUGUUAA